AAGGGGAAAUCUCCAACAAUGACUUCAUUAACAUGAUGCCCAACAUGACCAGUACAACUGGACUUUACUGCUCUAUUACAACACUGGAUAUACGACUUUUCCCUUUGGAUUAAAUUCUUUAAAUAUCUAUUUUUCUGAUUAUACAUGAGUUCUCAUCCAUUAAAAUGGAAGUUUGCUAAAGAUUUCCUCCAUCCGAGACUUCAGACCUCAGAAGCAUGUUGAUCACAAAGAUUGAAGCCAAGGAGGCCCGUGAUUGGCUGCAAGCGGCCGGCUUCCCACAGUAUGUGCAAUUAUUCAAAGACUGCAGGUUCCCCAUUGACAUCGAGUGGGCGAAGCGUGAUCACCACUUCUUGGACAAGGAUGCCCUCGAUUCGCUCUGCAGGAGAUUAAGCACUUUAAACAAAUGCGUGGAAAUGAGGCUGGAGCCGCGGAGAUCAAAACGCAGGGGAGACGACUGUGAUGAAGAAGACUUCUGUGCCAUCAGCCCCAACUGGACCUAUGACAGGCGGACACGACGAUGGCGACGCCUGGACUCCACAGUGGACUUCCUCCGCUUGUCUGACAGCCCCACCAGACCCCAAGAUGUGUCUCUGUGUGAUGUCAGCGACCGCCAUGACGUCUGCUCCAUCCACAGCUCCAGCAGCACCGAAAGCGAAGGCCACGAUGGACACCGAAAGAGUCACGCUGGUACCAGCACAACAGCCUCUGCAACUGCCACCGCCAGCACCACAGAUGACCAGGAGACCAGUAGGAGCUCCUCCCGGUGUUCCUCCACCAACAAGACGCCGUCCCUGGACACCUCGUUCAGUGGACCCCCCUCCCCCAGUGGAAGCGGUGGAGGAUCAUCCGGCGUGAUUCUGGAGGCCGAAGGGUGCUUCCCAGACAAACCGCCCAGGAAGAAGGGCACCUGUCUGCUGAGGAAGAUGGAGAAACUGAGGCUGAAGGGGACGACUGGCCUCCUCCCUUCUGCUCACAGUGGUGGCAGUAACAGCAGGAGUCGGGCCCGCCACGCUAUCAGUGGGCCUGUUCUGGUCCAGGAGGAGGAGAGGAUGGAGAGGCUGCACUGCCCCUCAAGUCUGCAGGGUCGACCCAACAGCCGUGCAUCUUCCUCCCCGUCGUCUCCUCACACCAUCAGCAGCAGCAGCAGUAACAGCCACUCAGAGAGCAGCAGCACUGUCAGCACGCCCAGCCCGGUCACCCGCGUCAGGAGUAACUGCAAGCGCUCAAACAGCGGUGCCGGGGUCGGUGGUGGAACAACCCGGAAUAACCAGAACCACACAGGAACAGAGGACUACAGAAACCAGAUCAACAAUAACAACAACAGCAUCCACGAGAGUCUGGUUUUCCAAAUCCCCCACGGACACAAACCGGGGACCUUCCCCACCUCCCUCGCACACAAACACACCAUCCUGUCCCCCAUCAUCGACAGCACCUCCGUCAACUGGAGGACCGGAAGCUUCCACGGUUACCGGGGGCGACACAGUUGCCGCCGUGGCACGUCAUCGCUGGCCACUGCGGACCCAGACCCCUCAUCUUCUUCUUCUUCAUGUGAUGUCGGGGCCCCCAGCCCGCUUGCUGCGCUGGAUCAUCGGCUGAGUAUCUACGACAACGUGCCCGACGACCAGCAGCUGUCUGGAAGUGAAGGCGGCAGUGGUGGAAGUGUCAGUGAGGAGUCAGAGGUGAGUCGGCUGUUGGCAGGUGAAGACGUUUUCUCAGCUCUGGACAGCGUUUUGGAGAGGAUCAGCGACCUCCAACAGCUGGUCACCACCUGGUCUGAAAAUCUAUCCGAGGACGACUGUCAGAGAGGUUCCUCCUCCUCCACGUCUUCUUCCUCCUCCUCUGCGUCUUCCUCUUCCUCCCAUGACUCACCUACCCAUGGCUCCUCGGCUGCUUCCCCCUGCCCCUCCUCCCCCAGCCACAUCCACCUGGAGGUGCAGCAUCCGGAGGAGGCGGAGGAAGUGGAUGCAGACGCCCGUGGGAAGGUACCUGUGAAUGGAGAGGAGCCGAAGACUAGAUCUCCACAACCCAGAAGCAGCAGAGUGAGUCAGCAGCUGCACUGGUCCAGUGAGCAGAGCCUGCCCUCCCUGCCCACCAGUCCUGGAGUGGAGAGCCAGUCUGUCUCCCAGUUCCUCCUGCUGCAGAAACUCUCUCUACUCAAACUCACCGCUCUGAUGGACAAAUAUUCCCCGUCCAGCAAGCAGGGCUGGAACUGGACUGUUCCUAAACUGCUGAGGAAGACAAAGGAGACUGAGAUGAAAGGCCGGCGGGUCUUUGGGGUUCCUCUGCUCCUCAGUGUCCAGCAGACAGGAGAGCCACUUCCUCCCAGCAUCCUCAGAGCGCUGGUCUACCUGAGGACUGAGUGUUUGGACCAGGUGGGUCUUUUCAGGAAGUCGGGGGUGAAGUCUCGUAUCCAGUACCUCCGUGAGCUGGUGGAGUCUGACCCAGACGGCGUCCCGUAUGACAGUCAGUCUGCUUUCGACGUGGCCGACAUGGUGAAGCAGUACUUCAGAGACCUGCCUGAACCCAUCUUCACUAGCAAACUCUGCGAGUCAUUCCUCCACAUUUACCAAUAUUUCCCCAAGGAUCAGCAGCUGGUUGCAGCUCAGGCGGCCAUCUUGCUGCUUCCUGACGAGAACAGGGAGGCGCUGAGAACGCUGCUGUUCUUCCUGCAGGACGUGGUGGCCUGCGUGGACGAGAACCAAAUGACUCCAACCAACAUUGCGGUUUGUCUGGCGCCAUCUCUUUUCCACCUCAACACCCUGAAGAGAGACACCAACGCAGCUAGGUCGAGUCACAGGAAGUACAGCCUGGGCCGCCCAGACCAGAGGGACCUGAGCGAAAACCUGGCUGCCACCCAGGGCUUGGCCAACAUGAUCACCGAGGCUCAGAGACUCUUCCAGCUUCCAGAGUUCUGGCCCGGUCAGUGUUUAAGUGCUGCAGGCCCCCCUGAGGACUCUGUCUCUGAGGAGGGAGGAGGCCCAGUGUCCCCUAGUCAGAGCGGAGGUGAGGAGGAGCAGGAGGAGAGACGGAUCAAGCUGCAGCUGAGCACCCAGCAACUGCUAAAAGAGGCCAGGGAGAAGAGCCGAGGUUGGGAGGGUCACCCGGCUCCAGAGCACGUGGAGCUGAUGUUCAAGAAGAUGGACGACGGCUGCCCACUGUGGAUGUGGCGCGGCUCCGUGGAGGUGGAGGAGCCCCAGAAGGAGCUGCUCCACCGGCUGCUGAGGGAGCAGAAGCUUUGGGAAGGAAGCCUACGCCAUGCUGCCAUCAUUCAGACCUUGUCCAAGGACACAGAAGUCUACCGCUACCUCCUCCAGGGCCAGGGCCAGGGCCUGGGCUCCCGGCCCCCACAGGAGCACCUGCUGCUCAGGACCUGGCAGGCAGACCCAUCCCUGGGCCCUCUGUACCUGUCCUCUGUAUCCACUGAGCACCCUGAGGUGCUGCUCGAGGGGGUUAGGGCCCAGGUCCACUCCUGCCUCUACCUACUGGAGCCCACCGGAGCCAGGAAGACCCGACUGACUCACCUCUGUCGAACAGAUACCAGGGGUCGGUCGCAGGAGUGGCACAGCAAAGUGAGCGGACAUCUUUUGGCCGCCGGUCUCCUGGCGAUCCGAGACUCCUUCAGACCAGACCACAAAGAGACCAAGAUAUGAGUGAUUGCAGUGGUGGAAGCUGAGGACUUGAACUGCAACCCUUUCCAUCUUAAUGGCAGAAUGCUGGAAAGAAAAAAGGGAGACUACAGCAUCAUUUUCACAGAACUUUCUCCAAGUUUUAAAAGUGAACUUCAUGGACCAGAGCACAGCAAGAAGGGAAGGUGACCUACAAAGGGCUUCCCUAAACUAUUUGUGUCGCUUUGGCUUCGACUCUUUGAGUUUCUGUAUGCGUUCACUUUUUUGUCAGUGACCUUGCAGAUUGCCAGCAGCACCUCUGCACUCCCUGCUGCGUCUGUUACGCUUCACACUCAAGUUCACAAAAAAAUGCAAACCAUGGCGAGCUUUGACAAAGGGCGUUUUGAUGGGAGGGUGAAAAGCCGAGGCCUGAUUUGACUUCUAACUGAGGAAAAAGGCUGAAAUGGAACAAGUGGACAGUGUAGUGAAAUGUGUUAGUUAAUUUGUAGCUUAAAAUGUGUUCUCAAGACACAUAGAUCAUCACAUAGAACCACAAAUUCUUCAUCGAAUUCAACUGUAGAGAAAGAGGCAGGGGAAACACAAUGCAGCUGCCUGAAUGAACAUCAGGAAACAAACAUCAGGAAACAUCAGGAAACAUCAGGAAACAGACCUUUAGCCACCAGACAUUUGGCUUCAGUGGAAAGUAAAGAAGGGAAGAGGAAAGAGCGGAUGCUGAAAAGGCAGCAGGGCGACAGAAUCUGUACUAAACCUAUGAUUAGGAACAAAGCAGCAUCACAAAAAGAAACUAGAUCCAGUUGCCCUGAAGACCUGGAGAACGGUGCAGCCCCUCGAUGACGAGAUUUUGUUUAGAGUCCGAUGCCACGACGACAGUUUUCUGGACGGAAAAAGCUCAGAAACAAAAAACACUUCUGUACCGCACAAAGCUGCCUCACCUGCAACUAUUCACAGCAGAAAGAGACGCUUUGGUUUAGAUUUUUGUGGUUCAUUCUGAGACAAUUAUCCGCGUACUAGAGCCAGAUGAACUAAACUGAACUUUCAACCGCCAUUGGAACAUCUCUUUGUCCCAGAGCGACUGCUUUUUUAAUUCGUCCCUGUGACUUUGACCCGUUCUAAAACGAGACCCACGUGUGUGACAGUUCAAAGACGAGCGAUAUCUACCUCUCCACAGGACGACGCCACAGUUGCAUGACUUUUGUUGUAAAUUCGACGGAGACCUCGACACGCGAUGGAGGACGAGCCCUUUUUUUGUGCUUCCCGGGCACUGUGACGGAUAUCAAACCAGACAACUUCCUACAUUUUUUAACAUCUGUAUUUAUUCUUGUCUGUCAAGAGUGUGAUGUACAGUCUUAUUUCAUGUGGCACUUCACUUUAAGAGUGGGCUUGUCCUACAUAUUUCAAAGUGCCAUUGUUGUGAAGUAGGGCAGGUGUGUGCAUGUAAAGUCAUUCAAACACCAUAUUUCAGAUUAUUUAACUUAAUGUAUAUCUAAAUACAAAUCUCUUAUAUCUAAAUACAAAUCUUUUAUUUAAUUUCGAGGUUUUGGAAACGUUAUCUUGUUUGUGUGCGUGUGAAAUCUAAAUUUAUCAGUGCCAAACACCUAAUUAAAAUGUUUAUUUCUCUCUGAA